GAUAAGCGGAAUAUAUGCAUACUAUAGUAGGUAUAAAAGAGCCAGAGCUGUUGAAGAAGUCACGAUGAUGUUCACGAUGAUAAAACUCUACGCUUUUUUAGUGUUACUUACAGCGAUAUCUAGCUAUGCCCAACAGGCUAGUGACAUAACGACAGGCUUUGGAGCACCAGUUUCAUAUAAGGAUGCAUCCUUAACAGUUGGCCGUGGUGGACCAAUGCUUUUGGAAGACACAGAAUUUAUCGAUGAAAUGGCACAUUUUGACCGAGAACGAAUACCAGAAAGGGUAGUGCAUGCUAAAGGAGGGGGCGCAUUUGGUUAUUUUGAAGUCACCAACGAUAUCACUCGGUACUGUGCAGCCUCCCUGUUUUCAAGAGUUGGAGAUAGAACGAGAAUUGCGGUUCGCUUUUCCACAGUUGCUGGUGAAAGUGGGUCGCCCGACACCGCACGAGAUCCACGUGGUUUUGCCAUUAAAUUUUACACACAAGAAGGAAAUUGGGACCUUGUAGGAAAUAAUCUUCCAGUAUUCUUUAUUCGGGACUCUAUUCUAUUUCCCAGUUUUAUUCAUUCCCAGAAGAGACAUCCAUCAACUUUUCUUCACGAUGCUGACAUGCAAUGGGACUUUUUUACUUCGAGACCUGAAGUAACUCACAUGCUACUGUAUCUGUUCUCUGACAGGGGAACUCCUGAUGGAUUCAGAUUUAUGCACGGUUUUGGAGUUAAUACAUUCAAACUGAUUAACGCCACCGGACAUCACGUUUAUUGUAAAUUUCAUUAUUUGAGCAAUCAGGGUUUGAGAAACUUAACUGCAAAAGUAGCUCGACAACUUCAAGUCGACGACCCUGAUUAUUCUCUGAGGGAUUUGUAUAAUGCAAUUAAAUCUAAAAAAUAUCCAUCAUGGACGCUGUACAUUCAAGUGAUGACCGAGGCGCAAGCACUAAAUAGUAGCUUUAAUCCAUUCGACGACACGAAGUUGUGGCCCGAAGAUGUAUACCCUUUAAUUCCAGUUGGCCGAUUAGUUUUGAACGAGAAUCCUACGAAUUAUUUCCAAGAUAUUGAACAAAUAGCCCUAUCCCCAUCACGAAUGGUACCUGGGAUCAAACCUUCGCCUGACAGAAUGCUACAGGGUAGACUGUUUUCUUACCCAGAUACUCAGAGAUACAGAUUAGGACCCAACUUUCUUCAAAUUCCAGUCAACUGUCCGCUACACGUCCGAAAUUAUCAACGAGAUGGUCCAAUGUCUUACAAUAAUCAGGGAGAUAGUACGGUCUAUCAUCCGAAUUCAGCAGCAGAUUCGUUGAAUGUCAGUGAAAGGGCAGGAGUAUUAAGUCCAGCGUAUUUCGUUAAUGGUGACGUCUCCAAGUACGACAAUGGAGGCGAAGAUAAUUUUUCUCAAGCCGCAAACCAUUACCAGAAUGUGUUAGAUGAAGGAGGUAGGGUAAAUUUAGUUAAAAAUUUGGGGAGUGCACUUUCCUCUGCAUCGGAGAUGUACCAACGACGAGCACUUGACAUGUUCGGCAACGUUUCUCCAGAUUUGAAGGCCCGACUUCAAAGAAAACUAGGGUUACAAUAGUAAUCUGCGUUUACGUAAUUUUUACAUUACAUUAAAAAAGAACUGAACGGUUUCAGAGUUCCCCUAUUCGUUUUGAAUGUUAUUUAUGUUUUUUAUAAAAAAUAUGUAUAUGCAACAAUAGUUAAAUCAUACAUAAUUUGUAAAAUAAUUAUAAUUAAUU